AGAAGUGCAGUGUCGGGCAAUUCGCGAUUCAGGCUCACAAGUUAAUUUUGUGACUGAACGAUUGGUUAAACGUCUUGUCAUCUUAACUAAACCAUCAUCAAUCUCCAUUAGUGGCAUCGGGUCAAGGAGCACUAAGAUACAGCAUCGAGUCAAUGUGGCGCUACAGUCUCGGAUCAACAACUUUACAACGCGGCUAGAGGCAGCGGUAUUGCCUCAGAUUAUAUCCCCGCAGCCUUCGCAAGAAAUCAAGAUCGACGAAUGGAAAAUUCCUGUGAACAUCAUGUUAGCCGAUCCAUCAUUCAAUCGUCCUGACAAAAUUGAUAUAUUGUUGGGGGCGGAAUUCUACAACCAACUGAUGGCAGCAGGGCAAAUCAAACUGUCAGAUGACCUACCCAUUCUGCAAAAUACAGUGCUGGGAUGGAUCAUCGCGGGAAAAGUUGGUGGCAACUACAUCUCAAAUGCAAUAUGUGGAAUCUGUUCCAACGAUGACAUCAACUUAGAUGCAGCCAUUGCUCGAGUAUGGGAACUUGAGGAUGUUCCAACUGUAAGAAAACAACAUUCCUUAGCAAAAAACAGUGCGAAGCUCAUUUCGCACAACAUACACUCAUCAAUGAAAAUGGGAGAUUCAUGGUAAGGCUACCAUUUCAUGAAAAUCCGGAGGCCUUAGGGGAAUCCUAUGGGAUGGCGUAUAAUCGAUUCCUGGCCUUAGAACGUCGACUGGCAAAAUCGCUCCAGACAAAGAAUCAAUAUGUACAAUUUAUGGAGGAAUAUGAGAACUUGGGGCACAUGACGCAAGUGGAUAUUGAUUCCAUCAGUAAACCUAUGUACUUCAUUCCUCACCAUUGCAUUGUGAGACCCGAAAGCCGCACUACAAAAUUACGUGUGGUGUUCGACGCAUCAGCAAAAUCGUCCACUGGCAUGUCUUUGAAUGACCUCAUGUAUACCGGACCCACUGUUCAGAGCGAGCUUUUCACCAUUUUACUUCGCUUCCGUUUGCCCAGGUUCGUCUUCACCACAGAUGUAGAAAAAAUGUAUCGACAGAUGCUCAUUCAACCGGACGAACGCAAAUUCCAACUUAUCAUCUGGCGAAAGGAUUCAAGCCUAUCAAUAAAGCAUUAUCAGCUAAAUACAAUCACAUAUGGGACAAGAUCUGCUCCAUAUUUAGCCACCAAAUGUUUUCAGAAAAUUGCAAAAGAAAAUGCAUUACAAAAUCCUCUUGGUGCUCAGUUUCUACAGGACAAUUUUUAUGUAGAUGACGGAAUUGGUGGGCCAGACAGCUUAACCACGACGAUGGAAAUCCAACAGCAACUGAUACACAUCUUAAAACAACGUGGUCUUAACCUAAGAAAAUGGUGCGCCAAUCACUCACAAUUACUGCAAAAUGUUAGCAGGGAGGAACAAGAAGUUGACAUAGACUUUGACAAUGACAUCAAUCAAACUAUUAAAACGUUGGGGUUAACAUGGAUGCCUAAGAUGGAUCGAUUCUGCGUAAAGGUAUGCCUAGGAAGCUGCAGUCUUGCAACUAAACACUCAGUCAGCGCCGAUCUUGCAAGGCUCUUCGAUCCGUUGGGGAUACUAGCACCAAUUGUAGUCAUGGCAAAAAUGUUUAUUCAAGAUCUCUGGCAACUGAAGCUGACAUGGGAUGAAGCAUUACCAGCCGAUUUGAAUGAGAGAUGGACAACAUUUCGAAAUGAUUUGCAAAAAUUGGACAACUUGCAAGUUUCACGGCACGUGUUUGAAGGAUACAUCCCAGCAAAAAUUCAAAUUCAUGUCUUCUCCGACGCAUCAGAAAAGGCAUAUGGUGCUGCGAUUUACAUUAGAUCCGAGCUGGAUGAGGGACGAGUACAAGUUAGGCUGCUCUGUGCAAAAUCACGUGUGGCACCCUUGAAAUGGCAAACUAUUCUUCGGCUUGAGCUCUGUGCAUCAGUACUGGGUGCUCAACUAACUACAAGGGUCAAAUCAGACCUUAAGCUAGACGAUGUGGCUACAUACUUUUGGACUGAUUCACAAAUCGUGUUGGCAUGGAUUAACUCAUCCUCAGCAUCAUACCAAACAUUUGUGGCAAACCGUAUAGCUGUUAUUAAUGAGCACACUACCGCUGAACAAUGGCGGCAUAUAAGCUCAAAAGACAACCCAGCUGACAUUCUAUCACGAGGACUGCCGCCGGGGAGACUAGAAACAUGCAAUAUGUGGUUUUAUGGGCAAACAAUCUUGCUUGGUAAAGAAGACACUUGGCGUUCAAAGUAUUCCAAGGCAUUAUCAGUAAUCGACGAAGGUAUCAACAUGGAACGGAAAGGGGUGACAUCAGUCGCUGUUGCAACCACUGGACAUGAAGGAAGCGUACUUUAUAGCAUUCGACACAAUGGCUCUUUCAAAACAUUACAAAGAGUGACAGGCUACAUGCUGAGAUUUAUCAACCAGGCCAGAAACCAAUCGCGGGAGUCAGACAUUCCCUUGACCGUACACGAAUUGGAAAAAGCGCUUGUGGUAAUCGUUCAUACAAUGCAGCAAUCGGACUUUGAGGAAGAGCUUCAGCACCUUAAAAAAUACAACGAAGUACGCAAAAACAGUUCUUUCCGCAGCCUGUCACCGUUUCUGGACAAUAAUAGUAUCAUCCGAGUUGGAGGGCGUCUACAAGCAUCAGAACUUGCAUACGAUGCCAAACACCCUAUGCUAAUUCCACAUAACAAUUCACUCGCCAAAUUAUUAGUACAAAUGAUCCAUAAAGAAAACCGUCAUUGUGGACCUCAAGCGCUCUUAGCUUACACAAGGCAAAGGCCUAUAAAGGGAAAAUUGCUGACCCGAUCAAUUGUGCUCAACUGUGUAAGAUGCACCAAAGCUAAGCCAAAACUAAUGAGUCAAAUUAUGGGGAAUUUGCCUUCAACAAGAGUAACUCCAGCAAGACCAUUCAUCAACUCAGGCGUGGACUUCUGCGGGCCAUUUUGGGUUCACUUCAAGAUAAGGGGAAAGAAACCACAAAAGGCCUAUGUAGCGGUAUUUUGCUGUUUUGCCACAAAAGCAGUGCAUUUGGAAUUAGUUAGCGACUUGACGACGGAUGCAUUAUUUGGUGCCUUAAAACGAUUUAUAAGCCGAAGAGGACAUUGUCAAAAUGUAUAUUGUGACAACGCAACCAAUUUUGUAGGCGCGAAAAACCAGCUUUCUGAACUUACUGACGUUGUUUAUGGAAAUUCAUCACGAGAAUCAAUAGUAAAGCAGUGCAGCGGAAAGGGAAUAACAUUUCAUUUUAUACCUCCUAGGACUCCACAUUUUGGCGGUUUAUGGGAAGCAGCGGUAAAAUCAGCAUCUACUAAUAAGAAGCACCUCGCACCAGCGUCCUUAGCGUAUGAAGAAUUGGACACGAUAAUCAUCGAGGUGGAAGGAAUCCUAAAUUCCAGACCAAUCAGCCCAAUGACUCCACAUUUUGGCGGUUUAUGGGAAGCAGCGGUAAAAUCAGCUAAGCAUCUACUAAUAAGAAGCACCUCGACAGCGUCCUUAACGUAUGAAGAAUUGGACACGGUAAUCAUCGAGGUGGAAGGAAUCCUAAAUUCCAGACCAAUCAGCCCAAUGUCCGACAAUCCUAACGAUCUAACAGCUUUAACACUAGGCCACUUCCUCAUAGGAGAACCCCUUAAUGCCCAAGUUGAUCCAACGUCACAUCUUGAACAAACUGAAAAAGAGUUGCAGCUAGAUUACGCAAUAGUAGAAUCUAAUCGGCGUAAACGAGGUGCCAUUGAUGCAGUUGGAAAUAUCGCUCAUUCUUUGUUUGGAGUACUGGACGCAGAAUAUGCAGAACAAAUGUCCAAAACAAUCACACACGUUAAGGAAAAUGAACUACAUCUGCUGCACCUGAUCAGAAAUCAAACAUCCAUUGUGGACUCAACCAUCAACAUUUUGAAGCAGGAUCAAAAAGCGGUCAAGAGGAAGUUCGACAUCAUUGAUCAACAA